AUGGUGUCGAAGGAUCAAACGUCCUUUAAUAAGAGGUGGACCUUAGGUCUCCUGAUGUUGGGUCUAGUCAUUGUUUUAUGGGUUUUAUCGUCUUUUCUGAUAAAUUUGAUCUUUGAGGAUGACUCGUAUAGAAAACCAUUCUUCAUCACGUAUAUCAAUACUGCCGCCUUUAUCUUUUAUCUCUUUCCAACUGCAAAGGCCGUCGUGGUGAACUAUAAGGACACAGGCCGCGCAAACGUUCACCGCGAACUAAUUAUGGAGGAAGAAGGUACUGGUAAUGAUUGUAACCACUCGGUUGACAUAACUAGUCCAUUGCUUGCGAGCCUAGAAGCAGGUACGCAGGCAAGCCAGAAGAAGAGGCUGACGCUGUAUGAAACAAUCAAGUUAAGUGCUGAGUUCUGUAUACUUUGGUUCACAGCCAACCUUGUAACCAACGCCUCGCUGGCAUUCACAUCAGUGGCAUCGCAGACAAUUCUUUCCACUACUUCUUCCUUUUUCACUCUGUUUAUAGGUGCUAUCUGUCAUGUCGAAUCAUUGAACAAGUCUAAAAUACUAGGGUCGUUCAUUUCCUUUAUUGGCAUAAUCAUGGUCACUAAAUCAGAUUCUCAUCAGCGCUACCAACGCCACAUCGCAGACGUUAGUGGUGGUGAUAACGAUACCGUGCGGGUUCUGAUGGGCAACUUGUUGGCGCUUGCAGGCGCUGUACUUUACGGUGUCUACAGUACGCUGUUGAAAAGAGAGGUCGGGGACGAGACUCGUGUUAACAUGAAGAUUUUUUUUGGCUUCGUUGGUCUGUUUAAUUUGCUCUUUCUAUGGCCGUCACUGAUUGUGCUGGACUUUUUUGGUUGGGAACCGUUCGCUCUGCCCAAAGACCCUAAAGUUGUCAUAAUCAUACUUGUCAACUGUCUCAUUACAUUUGUUAGCGACUUCUGUUGGGCAAAGGCUAUGCUACUAACGAGUCCUUUAACCGUCACCGUAGGAUUGAGCAUAACGAUACCCUUAGCAAUGUUUGGUGAUGUAAUUUUCAAGCACAAAACCAUGUCUAUUCUCUAUUUAUUUGGUGCUAUCCUCAUCCUAGGCUCAUUUUUCAUUAUUAACAAAAGCUCUGAGGAGGAACAUUUUGAAAGCUCAAUAGCGGCAAGCAAUUAUGAAUCAGUGGAGCCGCCAGUAGCAGGCAGCUGA